AUGACAUAUAGAGCGACUGUUGUGACAUUACAUUUCGGAAACGGAACAAAACCUUUGGAUACCUACGGAGUUUCCGGAAAACCGUUCAAAACGAAUUUCCUCGAACUCGGAUUUGGUAACCGUCAGCGACGUCUGCUGGUGACGUUCGGCGGCUACGCCUCGGCGGUCGUCCGACAGAUCGCGCCCGACGUUAUAACCGUAUACGUCGUAGGUGAGAACGUAUAG